AUGGCAUCCACUACUCCCUACCCGCCGCAUCGCUCACAUCCUUCAACUCGCAUCUCCCCUGAAGAUGCCCUCGCUUCGCUAAGCAAAUUCAUUGCUGCUUCUGAAUCCACUCCUUGGCUCCACCCGGAUGCCCGCAUCACCCCCGAUGAGAUCAAAUACUCGACCAACGGUGGUCCUCAGGGAGGAAUCAUCAUGCACCAUCUGCGUCGUAUCGAAAAGGGCUUGAAUGGCGAAACCCUUGCUCCUGAGCCUGACGACAUCUUCGACCUGCCCGAAGGUGAUGAUACCAACCUCGACACCCUCAAUGCUGGAUACCAGUCUACUCUAGAUGGUGGACUGAAGAAGGGCGCUUUGAAGAAGUUUGAAGACGAGGGAGAGGACCCCGAGACUUAUGCACGCAACCAAGAAAUUCUCGAGGGCGAGGUUGGCGACAGAGACACUAGUCAUGCUCACGCCAGCAUCGACGAAGAUGCCAUGGAUGUCGAUGACGAAGCAUACGCCGGUGUUGGUCUGUCCAAGGCUGAGAAAGAAGCCAGAAAAGAAGCAAAGAAGAACAAGAAGAAGGCCGCUGCAAGAGAAAAGGCUGCCAAGAACAGAGCAGAGGGUUGA